GCGCGAUCUUCUUUGUUCUUCUUUGUUGCCUCUCCUUGUCUCUUCUUCUUUGUAUUCCACCCACUUGUACGCUGCGUAUUAUUCCCUCCCUAUCCCCUAGCCUUGUUCCUACGGUAACCUUGGCUCGUCGUAAUAAUAGGUUUGAACUGUAACGUAACAGCAUUGAGUUUACGGUUCGCCGCCAGCCGCCGUAGAUAGCCAAAAUUACCGCUAAGUUCCGGAUUACCAUACGCUAUCUUUCAUCUUUCGCCCAACCCCAACCCAUAUAGCCUAGGUGGUAAGAACUAACUACUGCGUACAGCGUAGCUGAACGCCAAUAAUAGAGGAAAACGACGUCUAUCUCUUCGCUCUUUUGCCCUCUCUCAUCGGGCCUUGAUUUAUUUCCGCCCCGUAUAAACCCAUUUUCAUCAUCUCAUCUCAUCCUCCUUGAUCUGUAGUUACUUACUCUCCCAAUUUAUCCUCCUGCUCCUAUCUCUUUCUCCAUCUAGAGCCAUCUUAGAUAUGUCAACUACAUUCUCUUCUCAAUCUCAAACGAACAAUCCCACCCCUUCAGCUCAGGUUCCUUCGCCCGUGAACUCUACUACCGUCACACCGGCGAACAAUUCUCCCACCUCCCCCCGCCUACAGAACGCUCAGCUCCAUCAAUUACACCUGCAAUCGCGCCAGCUCCGCCCCCCAAAGACUCCGUUGUACGUUCCCGCUGUCCUCCGGCCUACUGAGCGCGCAACAAAACCUUCUCCUCUCACCCCUCCACGCAGCAUACAUGGCUCCUUAGAUAGCCUGGAUGACCAACCGGAGAAUGCUGGCCCCAUUACCCGGAGUUCGACCUUUGAGAGCGUCAAAAGCGCUGUGAGUAAACGUGCUGAGGAUGAGUGGCUGAAGGAUGAGAAUUUGGGAGAAGUGACAGGUUCACCCACGCGGGAGCAUUGGAAGGCUGAUUCCGCAUCCCCUACUUGCGACUCACCCACUUGCCGUUCUUUCUUUGGCCUCUUCCUUCGCCGACAUCACUGCCGGCACUGUGGCCAUGUCUUUUGCUAUUCACAUACUCUCCACAUGGUGCCCCUCGACCAAAAUGCCCGCUUCCAUCCCGAUGGAAUCCCCUCACGUGCCUGCGAUCUCUGCUGGAGCGCCUACCGCCGCUGGGACAAGGCUCGCACCACGCGACUCAACGAAAUACAACAGGAUCUUGUCUCUAAUGCAGAAGAUGUCCAAGAUAGAAACCCCUCGUCCGCUAGGGCAAUGAGAACCAAUGGCUCCGGUAACGCAGCAGCUACUCGUCCGGGUGGCAUGGCACCAUCAAUCGCUCAAGAAGGCCUUGCUGCAAGUAGCGUCCCGAGAGACUGGAGCUGGAGCACAUUCUGACAGGCUACAUAUGUAUAUCCCAUUACACACCUUCCUUGCGUUUUUUCAUUUUAUAUCUUGCUUUUUUUUAACAUUUCACUUCGUACGGAUAUAUUUCCCAUGAAUGUUGGCGUCCCUAUUUCCAAGUUUCAUCACACAUCCUCCUACCUUCGCCUAGCAAAUCCUUUACGCCGAUUUACCGCUUGUCUCUCCCUGUUUUCGUCAACCCCUAUAAUUCUUUUUUUAUUUUCUUUUAGAUUUCUGCUGUUACUAUACUGGUGUUCACUCUAAUAGAUGGUUGCGGCGCAGAUUGUUAUGGAUAUAUUUCGUUUAUCUUCCCUUGUUUUCACUCUUUCUGUCUUUCUUUCUCUCUCUCUU